CUAAGCUGCACGCACGCGGGGUAGUUGGCCCGAGUGCCCGUAUAAGUAAACUUCGUGACUUCCCGUCGUAUCCGUCACUACCUCAACCUCAUUCCUCGCCGUUGCACUCCUGUCUCGGCAUCUGUCAACUACUUCGCAUCGUCACACUCCACGUCACUCUCCGUGUCACAAUGGUGCAAGUCGGGCUCGGAGUACCCAUGCCCAUGCUGGCUCCCGUCACAGCGACGUGGACGGCGCCCUUUGCCGCAUACCUCAUCUUCCUCUCCAACCGCAUCGUGUACCAGCGGCUCAAGCACAAGGCCCUCAUGGGCGACCGCCUGGCCACAACGACGGGCGCCCCCGACGAUGACCCCCUCUACCUGGCCACGCGCACGCACGCCAACUUCCUGGAGACCGUACCCGUGACGCUGGGCGUGGCGGCGCUGGCCGAGCUCAACGGCGCCAACCGCCGCUGGCUGCAUGGCGCGCUGGCUACGAUGUUCGUGCUGCGUGUCGCCCAUCUCGAGCUCGGCAUCAUGGGCACCAAUGCCAGUGGUCGCAAGUCGGCGGGCUGGGGCCGUAUUCCGGGGUAUUAUGGCACGCAGGCUGUGCUGCUGGGCCUGGCGGGGUACACGGCUUGGAUCGUGAGAGGGUACUGGGGGUUUUAGAAUUCUAGCUGAAUGAAUAAAUGAAUGAGUGAAUGAACGAACGAAUAAAGGAUUGAAUGAAUGGAAUGUAAGAUAAUGCGGGGUUCCGGGUCGGCUUGUUGAAGGCAUUGACCUUUG